UUAAAGGGGGAAAGAGCUGGAGCUGGCAGGAUGGAGAUGGCAGGUGAAUGUCUUUUCAAUCGCCUAUGCACCACGAGAAAACGGCAAUAAAAGCCUAGAUGUAGCCGGUCUCAUUUAUAAAGAUAUCCGUAAGGGAGUCUGGAAAUCAGAUGGAGAUCAGACUCAGAUCAAAUUGAAAAUGCCCAAACAGAAGACCUAUAGAAUUAAUACUUUGAAUAAUAUUUUUUCCUGUGUAAUGUUUUCUCCUGUACACUUUUCUUUUCAAAUAUUCUAUUUAAGCUAUAGGUCUAUAUAAAGUGGUAUACUGAUGAAUCAAUGUGGUUCCCAAGUGGGCAAGUGCAGUUUUAAUGAUAUCAGCACAAAGAAUGCCUUCAACAUCUUUCAAUGGAAUUCUGCGCCCACUUCUUAUUGGAUUCCUAUUGCUUGGCUGUUUUGUAACUGUACUUUUUAUGUACUUUAAACCAUCUAAUAAUAACUGGCUUUCAGGGCCCACAGAAACAGUAACAUCUGCAAUCAAGAUUAAAGCUCUACCUAUUGUCAAAAAAGAGGUGGACCAGACUAUAGUGCUCAUUUGGCUAUGGCCAUUCGGUCAGACAUAUGAUUUGGACUCUUGUAAUACAUUUUUUAAUGUUGAUGGCUGCUACUUGACAGCAGACCGGAGUUUAUAUAAUAAAUCAAGUGGAGUCAUUAUUCACCACAGAGAUAUAAGCAAGGACUUAUCAAACCUGCCCCCACUGCAGCGUCCAUCAUUUCAAAAGUGGAUAUGGAUGAAUCUGGAAUCACCGUCUCAUUCUCAAAAAAUUCCAGGACUUGAGAAGUUGUUUAAUGUGACUCUGAAUUAUCGACAAGAUGCGGACAUGCAGAUGCCUUAUGGGUCAGUUGUGCCCAUUCAGGAGGACAAGGAGUUCAUACUGCCAACCAAGACAAAGAUAGUGUGCUGGAUUGUCAGUAACUGGAAUGCUGACCACGCCAGAGUAAAAUACUACAAUGAGUUGUAUAAGCACAUCGAGGUACAUACGUAUGGUCAAGCCUUUGGGGAAUACGUCAUUGACAAAGAGUUCUUAUCAACAAUAUCUAGUUGUAAAUUCUAUCUGUCGUUUGAAAACUCCAUCCACAAAGACUACAUCACUGAGAAACUCUUCAACCCUCUCUCUGUGGGGUCAGUGCCCAUUGUCCUUGGGCCCUCUAGGCAGAAUUAUGAGAACUAUGUGCCAGGAGAUGCCUUCAUACAUGUUGAUGAUUUCCUCACUCCUAAAGAGUUAGCUGAGCACCUAUUGUACCUGGAUAAGAAUGACAAUGUGUAUUUGCAGUACUUUGACUGGCGGAAACAAUUCAAAGUGAAAAUGGCCUCUUUUUGGGCAGAGCACACAUGCCGGGCCUGUGAUUACAUUAAAAACCAUAAGGAGUACAAGGUGUGUAAUAAUCUUGACACAUGGUUUUGGGACUAAACAAUUUCAACACAAAUGUUCACAUAAAUAUGUAUUUUUUUUUACUUAUUCACAGGCUGAAAAUGUCUAUGAAGUUUUGUGGUACAGUCCACUUAUUCAAACUGUUCAGUAAAUAGACAUGUGUGACUGUCAGGCAUCAUUACAUGCUAUAUUCUUAAGCUUUGGUGGAUCACUUGUCUUAUUUAUGCCCUGAUGAUUAGGAUGAACUUUCACAUUUCACAUGACUGUGCCACAUCUGAAAUAUCUGUAGAAAUGUCAAAAACAUGAGGACAGUAUCUUGUCAUCACUGCUUGUUUUAUAUGCUGUAGCCUAUGUUUUAUAGAUCAGUGAUUAGUUCUACAGCAGUUCAGACAUAUUGUGAACAAACACAUGUUCUGGCCUUGUGCUCAUGAUCUCUAAUCCUGGGGUUUUGAUCU